UAAUUUAAAAAAACUCUCCACCGCAUGUUAUUAUCGGACAUUGAAUAUUGAAAUAGAUGUAAGCGGCAUUACAAAAUAUGUAAUCUUAAUUAAGAUAGAGAGAAACAAGGUUAAUAUAAACAAAAGGAGGCCGCAAGAUGCUUUCAUAGCAUCGUUUUCCAAUCCCAAGCACAUGCCGCCACUCUCAUGGCCAUGACCCUUCCCUAUUUAAUCCCUCUUCCCCCCUCCACACACAUCACUUCAAGCAAAAUUCGAUUUAACUCUUCUCUCCACUCCUCUUAAUUUGUCCUAUCCGUCUUUCCACAAAACAUCAAACUAGUUUCUUGAUUUGGAAGACAACGUCUCCAUCAUUCUUCUCGCCUCUCUCUAAUCUUCUAUUUCCCACUUUGGAAACUUCAUUUUGUUCAAAGACUUGUCCUCUUCUUUUAAUCCCUUUUUGCCAUUUUAAAAAGCAAACAUACGUACUUCUUAAUGGAUAACACUUGUCUUAAUACACCAAACAUGUUUCAAACUUCUGGUCCUGAUCAUGACUUCUUUGCUCGGCGAUGUAUAUGGGUGAACGGACCUGUCAUAGUUGGGGCUGGCCCUUCAGGUCUAGCUGUUGGUUCUGGUCUUAGAGGACAAGGGGUGCCAUUCGUUAUGCUUGAACGAGCAAACUGCAUUGCCUCACUUUGGCAAAACCGCACCUAUGAUCGCCUCAAGCUUCACAUCCCUAAGCAAUUCUGUCAACUACCGAGCUUCCCAUUCCCAGAGGACUUCCCUGAAUAUCCCACAAAAUAUCAGUUCAUCAACUAUCUUGAAUCUUAUGCCAAGCACUUCAAUAUAAAUCCACAUUUCAAUGAGACUGUGCAGUCUGCGAAGUAUGAUGAGACUUUUGGUUUAUGGAGAGUUAAGACCGUUUCAACAAGCAGUUCAAAUCCUAGUGAAGUCGAGUACAUCUGCAGAUGGCUUGUGGUGGCCACCGGAGAGAAUGCAGAGAAAUUCUUGCCAGAGUUUGAAGGCUUGCAGGACUUUGGUGGCCAUGUUAUGCAUGCUUGUGACUACAAAUCCGGUGAAAGUUAUCACGGAGAGCGUGUACUAGUUGUUGGCUGCGGCAAUUCAGGCAUGGAGGUCUCUCUUGAUCUAUGCAACCAUAACGCAAGCCCAUCAAUGGUUGUUCGCAGCUCGGUUCAUGUCUUGCCUAGGGAAAUUCUUGGGAGAUCAACAUUUGAGUUGGCAGUAACAAUGAUGAAAUGGCUGCCACUUUGGAUGGUCGAUAAGAUAUUAUUACUUUUUGCCUGGCUAAUUCUCGGAAAUCUUGAAAAAUAUGGUCUGACAAGGCCAUGUUUAGGACCUUUACAGCUCAAGAAUACUCAAGGAAAAACCCCAGUAUUGGACAUUGGUGCACUAGAAAAAAUAAGAUCUGGUAAGAUCAAGGUUGUCCCUGGAAUAAAGAGAUUCUCUAGUGGCAAAGCUGAGCUAGUUAAUGGUGAAAUUCUUCAAAUCGAUUCUGUAAUUCUGGCAACUGGGUAUCGCAGCAAUGUACCUUCAUGGCUAAAGGAGAAUGAGUUCUUUUCCGAAGAUGGGAUUCCCAAAAAUCAGUUCCCUAAUGGAUGGAAAGGCAAUGCCGGGCUUUAUGCAGUCGGCUUCACAAAGAGAGGUCUCUCUGGUGCAUCUCUAGAUGCUAUUAGCGUAGCAUUUGACAUUGCCAAGAGCUGGAAAGAAGAAACCAAGCAAAAAAAGAUAACCGUGGCAGCUCGCCAUAGGAGAUGCAUUUCACAUUUCUGAAGUCACAAGAUUUUUCCGUCUGUUCAUUUCCUUAGUCCAGGGACUUGUGCAAAAGAAGUGAGAUCAGUUUGUGCAGAAAACAAUGUAGAGCACAAGAACAAUGAACAUAGCUGUAGCCCUCUCCUCAAGAAAACCCAAGAUCUGCAAAUAAUUGGGCUUUUUUUUUUUUGUACGAAGGAAGAUGAGGCUUACUGGUGUAAUGAACUUUUUUAUUUUAUUUUUUUCCCCUGGUUCAGAGGAAUUCUUUUGUAUCACAGUGUAUUUUAAUAAUCCAAGUCAAAUGGAAACGACAAUUCUUUCAA